UCUGUCAGAAAGAAAACAUCCCGAGCCGAAAUCCGCUACGCGGACACAUUGUUACUGCUCGCGCCGCUGUUUGAUAUUCUUUUUGGAGUUUGGAGCCUCUCCGGACACACAGAGAGAACAUGCCCGGACAGAGGUAACUGUCCCCGGGCUGCUGCUGCCUCCUCAGCCGGCUGAAGGACAGGAGCAGGACGGACAGACGCAGAUGGAGAGGCCGGGGAGGCUGCUGCUGCUGUCCGAGCUGCGCGUCAGAAACUCGGCGUACGAUGUGAGCCUGAGCCGGUCCCUUCUCACCUGGAAGAGACGGAUCUCCAGCCCGGUGUACCACCCGUUCAGACCCAGACAGGAUUUUGAUCUGGUGACAACCAACGAGACACAAGUGAAUUUAUCAAAUGAUCAACUCCUUCAGAAACGGUUUUGUGUUCCUUCGUUCCCUCGUCGCCCAGACUCAGGUGUGUGUCACAGUGUGUCAGUGUCAGAGAUCAUCUCUGUCAGAGAGGAAGAGGAGGAGAACAUCUGCAAACGAAGAGACGAUGGCAGCUGGAAAAAGAUCAAAGAAAGAGAAGGAAAGGACUGCAGGCAGGCCUUCACAGUGCUGUACGUGGAGAGGUGUCCGCAGCAUCGCUGGCGGUGUGCUGAAGUCACCUUCACGUGUUCAGAGGCGGCGCUGUGUCAACGCUGGGUCAACAGCAUCAGAGAGCAGCUGUCAGCCAUCACCAGCAGACCCAAACAGCUGCUCGUCUACAUCAACCCGUACAGCGGGAAGCGACAGGGAAAACGCAUCUACGAGCAGAAGGUCGCCCCGCUGUUCGCCCAGGCAGGCGUCUCCACGCACGUCAUCGCGACGGAGCACGCAGAUUAUGCACGGGACCACCUGAGGACGGAGGCGGAGCUGAAGAAGUUUGACGGGGUGGUGUGUGUCGGAGGGGACGGCAUGUUCAGUGAGAUCAUCCACGGGCUGAUCUGGAGGACGCAGAUCGACGGCGGCGUUGAUCCAAACUGUGCGGACGAAGCGCUGCUUCCCUGCUCGCUUCGCAUUGGAAUCAUUCCUGCAGGUUCUACAGACUGUAUCUGCUUCGCCACUGUGGGCACCAACGACCCCGUGACCUCUGCGCUGCACAUCAUUGUGGGAGACUCUCAGCCGAUGGACGUCUGCUCCGUUCACCACAACAACAUCUUCCUACGAUACUCCGUCUCCCUGCUGGGAUACGGUUUCUACGGCGACGUGCUGACUGACAGUGAGAGGAAGCGAUGGAUGGGCCCGGCCAGAUACGACCUCUCAGGUGUGAAGAUGUUCCUGACUCAUCAUUACUAUGAAGGAGCAGUGUCCUACCUGCCGGCCAGAGGCAUCAUGGGAACGCCACGGGACGCCGCCAGGUGUCGAUCCGGCUGUGUUGUUUGUCAACACAACGGGAAGCAACUUUCAGAGAAAGCUGAGAGGUACGAGAUGGAUGAAGCAUCAGAAAGCGAAAGUGAAGGCGAGUGGAGGACGAUCCGAGGGAAGUUCUUGGCUAUAAAUGCUGCCAGUAUGAGCUGUGCUUGUCCUCGCAGCCCCAAAGGCCUCUCGCCUGCAGCUCACCUGUCUGACGGCACCACUGACCUCAUCCUGGUCCGAAAAUGUUCCCGCUUUGACUUCCUCAGACACCUACUACGACACACCAGCAAAGACGACCAGUUUGACCUGAACUUUGUUGAGGUCCACCGGGUAAGGCGUUUCUGCUUCACGCCCCGUCACUGCCAGAGCGACUCGGACCUGGACUUGCGGGAGAACGGCAAACACCAGAUCUUCAGCCAGAUAUGCCGAGACCACCCGGCUUGUGGCUGUGCCCCCGCCUACAGCAGCUGGAACUGCGACGGCGAGAUACUGACCCACACGGCCAUCGACGUCAGAGUGCAAAGCAAUUUGAUCAGGCUGUUUGCUCGAGGGAUCGAAGAACCGACGGUGUUUGAGGAUCUAACCAGCCCCUGUGCAAUAUAGACCGUCAGCCCCGUCAUUACCUGUCACACACUGGAGUGGUCUCUGUUUGCAGCCUGCGUCACUGCUGCUGCUGCCGCCAUCAUGUGACCGAGUUGAGCUGUUACUCGACAAAGAUUAGCAGUAAGGAAGGACACGACACUUUACUUUCUGCCUCUCAAAGUUCAAGAUUCCUCACAGACGGGAAGUAAUUACAUUUAAAGGUGGUGAAGAAAAGCUUCACCCUCACAUUCUGUUUGUGUCCGGGGUGACGGGUGUCUGACUGUUAAUAUCUAAAACUGAGCGCUGCCUUGUUUAUCAUAUUUCUUUGGCUUCGUUACCUUCGUUACAAACGUUGCCUGUAACCGUAACGUGUGUGUUUCAAAGCGCCCGGCGUGUCACUGCCUCCGGAGCGACAGUUCUCAAAGGUCUGGUGCGUUUGUGUUGCUUUGACUUGCACUCGUCUCGUCUCGUGGCCGUCUUCACUCGGACGUGUCUCAUUCUUGUGGCUGAUUCGACGAAGACUUUUGGGCUGCAUCUAACGAUUGUUUUCAUUAUCGAUUAAUCUGCCAAUUAUUUCCUAGAUUGAUGGUUUGGUUUAUUAAUUUAAAUGUCUUGAUUUGUGAGAGAUUUUCACUUUAAUAAGAUAUUAAAGAGAGAAACGCAGGAAGUCUUCAUAUCUGACAGCAUCAUAAACGAUUAAUCGAUGAUCAAAACAGUUUUUUUCUGUUAAUCUACUAAUCGAUUAGUCGACUAAUCGUUGCAGCUCUCGUGGACGUUGUGACUCUUGACGUGUUGUUGGUGUUGUGACUCGGACUCCUGUCGGCUGCCGCCCGUUACAGACUCGAGUCCAGAUGUUUCCACUUGAUCACUUAAACUCAGACUGAGACAUUCGAGGACGAAACUUCAGUAACUUGUUGAUCGAAUGCAUAUUUUGUAUUUGUGAUUUUCUCACAUUCUUUGAUUUGCUGGAGCACUCGAGACCCAAGAGAACUCGUCUCUUCUAUCUCGGACUCGUCACGGUCUUCUCUCUGUCUUGUGGGAGUUUUGACUCGGACUCAGAUAGUGUGUUGACGAAUGUCUAGAUCUAUUUGUAUUAGUUAUUGUAUUUUUCCUUCUUUAUUAGGGCUGUAGUGAUAAUCAAAUGUGGUCUCCAGACAUUUGUUCUAUCAUCUCGGACUUGUCUUUGUCAUGUGGAUGAUUUGUCUCGAACAGACUGAGACUUCUAGUUGUUCUUCAGUUCAUGAAUAGAUCUGAAAUUGUUACAGAAAUGUUAUCUGAUUUGCACUUUUAAAUAGUUUUGGAUUUUGGAUUAUGUGUUACAUUUAUUUAAGGAUGCCAGACACCUGCCGGUCAUUUGAUCAUUCAGGGUCGGGGGUUGAGCCACAUUCUUGAAGAGUAGAAGGUAAAUCCCCCGCACAUGGUCACUACUUACAUACAGGAGAUUAAUUGCUUCUCAAACAAGUCCAUGAGAUUUGUCUCCCCCCAACCUGAGCUCAAUCGUAACUAUGAAAGUGUAUUUUUGCAGACUUUAAUUCCCAGCAAUGUCUCAUUUUAAUUUUAGUCAAGAUUUUGUUUCAGUCCAGCUGUUCGUGUGAUUUUAAUCUUCCAUUUCUGCUCGAUAUGCAAGUAAACUGAGCGAACACAGGAGUGACAGUAAAUGAUCUGCAGAAGGACUUCUGUGACACCAAUGUUUCAAACUGUGCAAAUAUUCUGUCUUCAAAUGAGCUGAAGAUGUAGCUGUAACUUCAAUUUACUCUCGGUGCGGUUUAUUUUUGUAAAAUCUCAAGUUAAUGAUCUGCAGAAGGACUUCUGAGCCUUCCACAAAGAUGAAUUCACCUACAACUAAAGAAACAGUUUUAACUUUAAGACAGGAAGUAUCGGCACUGGACUGUCGGACUGUAGAUGCUGUUUUUUUGUUUGUUUGUUGACAAGCAAUCCUGUUUCCUCUCUGCUGACGUCGAGCUGGACUCGGAUGAAGGAGAGAACCAGUAGCAGCUCACGGUGCUCCAAAACCAGCCAAUCAGCUUUCUCUUGAUCCCAAUAAUCUGACCAAACACCAGCCGGGGUUUAAUGAUGUAGCUGUCUGACUGUCGUAGCUCAGCCUAGAGGUCUUCACAGGUCCAAAAUCUUGGCCCCAAUCAAAAAUAAGUACUCGUGGAAAAGCUACCAGAACUCUGCGUGAACGCAUUCAUUUUCAAUAAAAAGUCUGGAUCCUGAGGGGACAGUAAAUCAGACCUGAAUGUGUUGGUCCUGACGGAGGGAGGACAGCAGCAUGACGCUCCACUAACAUACAACAGGAAGACAACUUGACCCUGAUCAGACUGAAUAUGCUGUUCAGAGGAACCUGUGAAGACCUUGUAGCUCGGCCGUCGCUCUGAUGUUCAUUUGUCUCCUAACGUUGUUUUGAUGUACAAUCAAAGUUUCCUGUAAAACCUUCAUACGACAACAAACCAAAUGUGUUGAUCAUGUGCACACAGAGGUCGACUGAUGACUGAGGGGGGUUUUUAAUCGGGAGAAGAUACAAAUGUUUAUUUACAUUCAGCAUAUUCAACGUGUUUAAUACUUUAGAUUUAGUGCAAACCAGAAACUGGCAGCGUGUUUUCCUGAAACAAGUAAAUACUUGGCGAGAAGCUGUAGCUGAUGAGCUAACCGCUAACAUGCUAUUUAGCCCGGAGCAAGCCCUAGCCAGCUAUAAUAGCCCACAUAGCUAGCUCAGUUGCUAACAGGCAGUAGCUAACUUGUCUAGCCAGAAUAGCUAGCUUGCUUGCUACUAGCUAAUGUGGCGUUUACAAAUCUAACGCUAGUGCACUUGCUCUCUGGGCCCCGUGGAUGAGGAACAUCCUGGUGAUUUUAUACUUUAUCUUUUAAACUUUAGUUUAUUUAACAGCAAAAACCUUCAAAUCAUCAGUUCAGAUUUAUAAAUUCUGAAUGUUUUAAAUAGAAAGACAAAUAAAGAUAAUUUAAUAUUAAUUAAUCCUAAUUAUUAUUCUGAUUAUUUAUCUCUGAAAAUGUGAAAAUCAACUUCCCAGAGUUGUGAAACUCUUGAAAUGACCUUUAGCUUGAAACCUCUCUAACUAACCGGGAAUGUUUUUAUUUUAUUUUCCACACGUCGUUUAAUUUGAUGGUGAAAACUAGUUUGAUGAAGUGAAUCCGUCGACCUCGAGCUGUAAUCUGAGCUGUGACUCAUCUUUACCUGCUGUAGCUGUUUCAAGAUCAGGAAUAAAAACAUUCAAAUCUUCCGUGUACACAA